AUGGGGAGGGCGCACCAGGGAGUCGGUGAGGUCUGGGGUCCCCCGUCAGGCAGCCCUGGCGGUCCCCCCGUGCAGCCCCACGUGGGGGCCCCGGCCACGGUCCGGGAUGGACGGCAGCAGCCCCCUGCCCACGUCACCCAGCCCACGCAGGCCGACACCAGGGCCGCACCCACCAUGGUUGAGGAGGGUGCUGCCGUGGCCUGGGUGGCCCAUGAGAGGGUGAACAUGAAAGACCCCCCUUCAGCCAGAACACCCAUCUGCCCUGGGGCGGGCCGCAGCCUGGUGGUGCCAACUGUGCCGCCCGUCCAGCUGCUCAUUGCUGCCCCAGAGAGACAGCUGCCUGCCCACCCGCCCAACUGGCCAAGGGAGGGCUGGAGGGUCCAGGAGGGUCCCAGGAGGCAGGGCUUCAUGCAGCGGCAGUUCGGCGCGCUCCUGCAGCCCGGCGUCAACAAGUUCUCGCUGCGGAUGUUCGGCAGCCAGAAGGCGGUAGAGCGCGAGCAGGAGCGCGUCAAGUCGGCGGGGGCCUGGAUCAUCCACCCCUACAGCGACUUCAGGUUCUACUGGGACUUUACGAUGCUGCUGUUCAUGGUGGGGAACCUGAUCAUCAUCCCCGUGGGCAUCACCUUCUUCAAGGAUGAGACCACGGCCCCGUGGAUCGUGUUCAACGUGGUCUCGGACACCUUCUUCCUCAUGGACCUGGUGCUGAACUUCCGCACCGGCAUCGUCAUCGAGGACAACACGGAGAUUAUCCUGGAUCCUGAGAAAAUCAAGAAGAAGUACCUGCGCACGUGGUUUGUGGUGGACUUCGUGUCCUCCAUCCCCGUGGACUACAUUUUCCUCAUCGUGGAGAAGGGCAUCGACUCCGAGGUCUACAAGACGGCUCGAGCGCUGCGCAUCGUGCGCUUCACCAAGAUCCUCAGUCUCCUGCGGCUGCUGCGCCUGUCCCGCCUCAUCCGCUACAUCCACCAGUGGGAGGAGAUCUUCCACAUGACCUACGACCUGGCCAGCGCGGUCAUGCGCAUCUGCAACCUCAUCAGCAUGAUGUUGCUGCUGUGCCACUGGGACGGCUGCCUGCAGUUCCUGGUGCCCAUGCUGCAGGACUUCCCGCACAACUGCUGGGUCUCCAUCAACAACAUGGUGAACCACUCCUGGAGUGAGCUUUACUCCUUCGCCCUCUUCAAGGCCAUGAGCCACAUGCUGUGCAUCGGCUACGGCCGGCAGGCCCCCGAGAGCAUGACGGACAUCUGGCUGACCAUGCUGAGCAUGAUAGUGGGCGCCACCUGCUACGCCAUGUUCAUCGGCCACGCCACCGCCCUCAUCCAGUCGCUGGAUUCCUCACGGCGCCAGUACCAAGAGAAGUACAAGCAGGUGGAGCAGUACAUGUCCUUCCACAAGCUGCCCGCUGACUUCCGCCAGAAGAUCCAUGACUACUAUGAGCACCGCUACCAGGGCAAGAUGUUCGACGAGGACAGCAUCCUGGGGGAGCUCAACGGGCCGCUGCGGGAGGAGAUUGUCAACUUCAACUGCCGGAAGCUGGUGGCCUCCAUGCCGUUGUUUGCCAACGCUGACCCCAACUUCGUGACAGCUAUGCUGACUAAGCUCAAGUUCGAGGUCUUCCAGCCGGGUGAUUACAUCAUCCGCGAGGGCACCAUCGGCAAGAAGAUGUACUUCAUCCAGCAUGGCGUGGUCAGCGUGCUCACCAAGGGCAACAAGGAGAUGAAACUGUCCGAUGGCUCCUAUUUCGGGGAGAUCUGCCUGCUGACGCGGGGCCGGCGCACGGCCAGCGUGCGGGCCGACACCUACUGCCGCCUCUACUCACUGAGCGUGGACAACUUCAACGAGGUGCUGGAGGAGUACCCAAUGAUGCGGCGCGCCUUCGAGACGGUCGCCAUCGACCGCCUGGACCGCAUUGGCAAGAAGAACUCGAUCCUGCUGCAUAAGGUGCAGCACGACCUCAACUCGGGCGUGUUCAACAACCAGGAGAACGCCAUCAUCCAGGAGAUCGUCAAGUACGACCGCGAGAUGGUGCAGCAGGCCGAGCGCGGCCGCGCGCUCUUCCCGCCGCCGCCGCCGCCGCAGGUCACCUCAGCCAUCGCCACGCUGCAGCAGGCCGUGGCCAUGAGCUUCUGCCCGCAAGCGGCACGCCCACUCGUGGGGCCGCUGGCCCUCGGCUCGCCGCCCGGCCCCCCCAUCGCCCUGCGCCCACCCCCAUCGCCCCUGUCCCGGCGGCAGCGCACGGGGAUGGGGCCCGUGGCCGAGAGGAAAUGGCCGUGGGUGUCCCGCCUGCCCCCACCCUCGUAG